AUGACAAAUCAGAGCAAGGUUGGGCACUUACACAUUUGUGCAGUAGACUCCACGAAGCACACCACAGCAAUGAUGUCCUGGAUUCUGUUUCUGUUGUGUAUACCAUGUUGUAUGGCAUUCCCUGCUGGGGUGCAGACAACCAUAGAUAAUAAUGAAGAAUUUGCUAAGGAGUACUUGAAAAAAUUCUACAUAAAUGGUGAGGGUGGGAUUCAAAGAAUUCCAUUGUUGCCUAAAAUCUAUCAGAUGCAAGCCUUUUUCGGAUUGGAGGUCACUGGAAGGCUGGAUGAAAAAACCAAAGCACUGAUGAAACAACCUCGCUGUGGUGUUCCUGAUGUUGGUCGUUUCAGCACCUUCUCAGGAAACCCUAUGUGGAAGAAAAAAGACUUGACGUACAGAAUUAAGAACUAUACCCCAGAUGUGACCAGAAAUGAGGUGGACCAGGCCAUUCAGAAGGCUUUCAAAGUCUGGAGUGAUGUCACCCCUCUUACCUUUACCAGAAUCUAUGAUGGUGUAUCUGAUAUUGAGAUCUUGUUUGCAUCUAAAGAUCAUAAUGAUUUUCUCCCUUUCGAUGGCCCAUCUGGUGUCCUGGCACAUGCAUUUGCUCCUGGAGAUAACAUUGGGGGAGACUUACAUUUUGAUGAAGAUGAGAAAUGGACAAGUGGAUCAGCUGGUGUUAACUUGUUCCUUGUGGCUGCUCAUGAGCUUGGCCAUUCUCUUGGGCUCGACCAUUCUAAAGACCGUAAUGCCCUGAUGUACCCCAUCUACAGUUACCUCAAUCCCAAUACAUUCCAGCUUCCUCAGGAUGACCUUAAUGGAAUUCAAUCACUAUAUGGACAAAAAGAAAAGCCAGUUGUGCCACCAAAAGUAAGCAACCCCAUAAACUGUCAGGAAAGCAUAUCUUUUGAUGCGGUCACAACACAGCGUGGGGACAUUCUGUUCUUUAAAAACAGAUCCUUUUGGCGCAAGAUUGCUGGUAAAUCAGAAGUUGAACAGCUUGAGAUCAACUCAUUGUGGCCUUCCCUUCCAAUUGGCAUUGAUGCAGCCUAUGAAUAUCAAAAAAAGGAUCAGGUUCUUCUCUUUAAAGGAACAAAAUACUGGGUUCUAAAAGGCUCUAAAGUUGAGGAGGGAUUCCCAAAGAACAUCUAUGAACUUGGCUUUCCCUUGACUGUAACGCAAAUUGACGCAGCUGUUCACAGUGAAGAAGCAGGGAGAACUUAUUUCUUUGUUAAUGAUCGGUAUUGGAGUUAUAAUGAAGAAAAUUCACAAAUGGAUAAAGAAUCACCUCAGAGAAUCAGUAAAGGUUUCCCUGAUGUUGGAGAUAAGGUGGAGGCAGCUUUUCGAUCCAACGGAAUGCUCUAUUUGUUCAGUGGGAAUCAGCAGUAUGAAUUCAACACGAUAAAGAAAAAAGUCACUCGUCUGCUAAAGUAUACCAGUUGGUUGAACUGCUAAUCCAGACACACCGCUCUGAAACGAGUUUAUUUUAUUUAUUUUUAAAUCUAAUUUAAUUUUUAAUGUAUAGAAAAUUAUAAAUAUGUUGUGUCUUGUAUGUUCAGUUAUCUGAUA